UAAAAAAUCGAUUCGAUCUGUUUAUUUCGCAGAAAGGAAAAUUGCAAAAAAGCCGGAUCCGAACUGUGACAUUUUUGGUAGGAAAAAAAAAAGAGAGAUAGGGAGAGAAAUUUGCUUGUUUUCAGUGAUUAAUUCGUAUCCGAGUCGAGAGUCAGGACGGAGGAGACGGGACUGUUAACUGCGGAGUUCCUUUCGGUGACUGUGAGACGAGAAUUUUAGACUGAUUCGCUUUUCUCUCGUGGAAAAUCCGGCAUUUUCUCAAGAAAAAUAGGCUGACGAGGUGCGAGAUCCCGACCGGAGAAGGCGAAUCGGGCGAAGAAUCGAAUUUCGGCUCAAAAACUGAAAGAAGGACAACAACAAAAAAAGUGGGAAAAGAAAAAAUAUUAUUAUUGCGAAAAAUGAGUUGCGUGGGUUAAAAACUGAUUUUUCCACACUAGAAAUUAUGUUUUAAAAUGUCUUGUUUCCUCCACGUUUCCGCCUCUUCUCGGCUUCUCAGCUUCUGCUGUCAUUGAAGGUGAGAGAAUGGAGCAUCGUGGUAUGUUUGUGGUAGAUGAAUAAAAGAUCAGGCUAAAGAGGUUAUGGACGUAAUUGGUAACCCAAACAUAAAUCAAGGAAGAAAUAAUGGAGUGCCAAAUCCGCUAUUGAAUGUCCGAGAUCGUUUAUACUAUGCAAUAUUUGUUAAAUUAGCACUUUCUUAUGCGCGAAACUUUCCCAAAUGUGCACGACGAUGUAUCGAGUUCACUAUCCUUUUAAAAGCCCUUUGUGCAUUUUUCAUCCUGGCUUAUAUUCAUGUGAUAUUUUCGAGAACACCCGCCACCUGCCUGGAACAUGUUAGAUCCAUCUGGCCCCGUGAAGGAAUCCUGAGGGUUGAAAUUGCGACAGGAAGGUAUAAAAUCCCACCCCGUUCUGAAAACGUCGUAGACAUUGCUGACAAACUAGAAGAAAUGACUGUAAAUGAAUUGCUUAAAAUGGAUUAUUUAUUUAGGGUGACAGCGAAAGAUGGAGUGGUUGACUUGCAAUCGUCAGCAGGAGAGUAUUACACAAAAGAAGGAAAAGAUAUUAAACCUGCGAUAUCGACCACUGGACCAAAUGAUGUUUCCCCUGUCGCUAUCAAUUCAACUGCUGUAAAUCAGUACCCUUUGAUGAAAACCCAGGGAUAUCACAAGUCGGGAAUAUUUGGGCCACUGAAGUCUGCGCAGUAUUCGAUGGAUUCGAUUAAAAUAAUCACCGAAAGGAAUACAAAGAUGCAGUCGUACAAUUCAACGUUUACCGAUGAUGUACAGAUAAUGGAAAAUUAUGUUCGAACUUUUGCCAAUAUGAAGAAUACAGAACCCACUGAUGAUGAGUACAUAGUCGAAUAUUCACUGGAAUACGGCUUGUUAAGACUUUCACCAUUAACACGAGCCAAGUUGAAUAUUCCUGUUAUGGUUGUCUUUCUUGAUCCUACUAAAGAUAAAUGUUUUGGAGACAGAUUUUCACGUUUUAUCCUCAAAGAUCUGAUUGGAUAUGAUGAUCUUUUAAUGUCGAGUAUAAAAUCUCUCGCCGAGGAUGAAGAUAAUAAAGGGUUUUUGAGAAAUGUCGUUACUGGAGAACAUUAUCGUUUUGUCAGUAUGUGGAUGGCCAGGACUGCAUAUAUAGCUGCAUUCUUCAUUAUGUUACUCUUUACAGUGUCAAUUUCAGUUUUGCUGAGAUAUUCUCAUCAUCAAAUAUUUGUCCUAAUCGUUGAUAUCCUUCAAAUGUUAGAAUUCAAUGUCAAUAUUAUAUUUCCUGCUACACCUCCUCUGCUCAUGGUGAUCCUUGCACUCAUAGGCAUGGAGGCCGUUAUGUCGGAAUUUUUCAACGAUGCCACCACCGCUUUCUACAUCAUUCUCAUUGUAUGGGUGGCUGACCAAUACGAUGCUGUUUGUUGUCAUACCCAUAUUUCUAAGAAAUACUGGUUAAGGUUUUUUUAUUUAUAUCAUUUUUCUUUUUAUGCAUACCACUAUCGUUUUAAUGGACAAUAUAGCAAAUUAGCUUUGAUUACAUCAUGGCUGUUUAUUGAGCAUUCCAUGGUUUACUUCUUCCAUCACUAUGAACUACCUUUAAUACUACAGCAAGCUCAGGUUCAUCAGUUUAUACUAAGAGCACAAAACUCCCAACCACAAAAUUCUGAUGACGAGGAACUUGUUCAGCCGUUUGAGAAUAUAUCAUAAAAAAUAACAUCACGUUUGUUUUGUUCUUGUUUAAAUACAACAAACAACAUAAUUAUUAAAUGUUAUGACAAAAUUAUUUAAUUUUUGUGUUGAAUGAAAGUGAGUGUAGAAAGAGAGAAAAAAAAACAGAAUGUGUCAUAAUUAAUGUAUUAGUGAUUUUAAAAAUUGGCUUAUGGCACUGCAAAUGUAAAAUGUGUGUUUCAGACUGAGAGAGAAUUUAUAAUUAAAAAACACCUUCAAAAUUUGUUUAAAUUAUUUUGAAUGAGGUUGAAAGCUUGUUAUUAUGAUGGAGAUUUUAUUUUAAUUUUAUAUUUUUGUUAAUUGUAUAUUUGUGUUUAUAAAUAAAUAACAUUUAUUCUUUCA